AUGCAACUUUCACAAGAGCCAGAGGAUUUUCCAGGGAACUGUUCAGACUUGGCUAAUCCACUGAUGGGAGCUGUACAUGGCUAUUUGUGUGGCUCUGAGCACCCAAACCACACUGACAACCACAGCAUCCCUGGAGAUGACAAGGAGGAGCUGCUCCUGAAAUACCUGGGACCCAGGAAAUCCAGCUUUUUCACCCCCGUCUGCAUCAUCUACCUGUGGAUCUUCGUGGUGGGAGCCUUGGGCAAUGCCCUGACCUGCAUCGUCAUUGCCAGGCACAGGGUCAUGAGGACUCCAACCAACUACUACCUGUUUAGCCUGGCAGUCUCGGACCUGCUGGUGUUGGUGUUAGGAAUGCCGCUGGAGCUGUACGAGAUGUGGAACAACUACCCUUUCCUCCUCGGCCGAGCCGGCUGCUACUUCAAGAUCUUCUUCUUUGAGACUGUCUGCUUUGCCUCCAUCCUCAACGUGACGGCGCUGAGCGUGGAACGCUACAUCGCAGUGGUCCACCCGCUCAAGGCCAAGUACGUGGUGACUAGGACCCAUGCCAAACGGGUCAUCGCGGCCGUCUGGCUGGUGUCCAUUUGCUCAGCCAUCCCCAACACCAGCCUGCAUGGCAUCAAUUACCUGAGCAUCCCCUCCGGCCAGCGGAUAGAAGAGUCUGCCACUUGUACGCUCCUCAAGCCAGCCUGGAUGUACAGCCUCAUCAUCCAGGUCACCACCGUCCUGUUCUUUUUUUUGCCCAUGGCCACCAUCAGCGUCCUUUACCUCCUCAUUGGCCUCCAACUGAAGAGGGAGAAGCUGGUGUCCGAGCUCAAGCCUGCGCUAGGCAGCGGCCAAUACCAGACCAUCCGAAUGCAACAGGAGAAGAUCAAGAGGCGUCAAGUCACGAAAAUGCUGUUCGUGCUAGUCAUUGUCUUCGGGAUUUGCUGGGCCCCGUUUCACACGGAACGAUUGAUGUGGAUCUUGAUCCGCAACUGGACCGGAGAGCUGCACAGGCUGUAUCAGUUUACACACAUCAUUUCGGGCGUCUUCUUCUACCUGAGCUCGGCAGUGAACCCGGUGCUCUAUAACCUCAUGUCCACGAGGUUCAGGGAGAUGUUUAAAGAGGUGAUGUGCAGACGCCGAAGGACCCGGGGAUCGAAGCCGGGCCGCUAUUCAGCGAGCAUGACCAAGACCAUGACACCCAGCUCGGUCCUGGAGUCCGGCCACGGUAACGGACCUCCCAUGUCUGACAUGGAAGAUUACUGAUCACUAAUGAUACCUUGAAUGUAGCAACGCGGACGACAAUUACAUUUUAUUUUCCAAAUCGA